CACAGCAGGCGCGCGCUCACGCCAAGAGUUUAUCCGCAUGAUUAUCAGAACAGACCGGAAGUCACUCACUGACAAGGGGCGAGCGUUCAGACGCGGUGGUUAAUGUUGUAUUUUAACUCUUGAUAUUACAAAAGCUCAGAUGAUGUGAUGAUGAUGACAAUGUGAAGAUAUCCCUCCAGCUGUCAUCAUGGAUGCUUCAUUUCAUGUACUCGUCCUCUUAAUGUUUUUACUCUGUGCAGCAGGUUUCUCCACUAACUGUCUUAAAAUACUACCCGACUCCCUUGAGAAGAUUUAUGUUGAAUUGGGAUCAGACUUCACAGCGACGUGUUACCUGCAGGAAGAUUCCCAUUACACCUCCGAUGACAUUGAGUGGACGUUGGAUAACAUCAGUCUUUCCAAGCACCUUUAUCACAAAAUAAAUGCUACAGCUGUCAGCGUCACAUUUACCGUUAGCCGGGACAUGCGAGGUCGUUUGAUUUGCUGCGCCUCUAAGAAGUCUCUGUCAUACGAAAAGCCGUGUCUGUACGGAAUCUUUCUCGAGAAAGGAUACCCUCCUUUAAAACCAAAUAAUCUCACAUGCCUUGCUUUACAAGAAAACAACAAUAUUUCCCCAAACUUGCAAUGUUUUUGGAAUCCGAAGACCCGCGACCCACUGCUUAACACCACUUACACGCUUCACGCUGAUAUUGAUUUUGGGGAUCAAUCUUCCCCACAUCAGAAUGUCUGUACAGAGCGUCUCGCAAGAAAUUGCACGGUCAACCUGAGCACUUUUCCAUUUCACUUAAAACUGAAGGUGUGGGUCAGCGUGAGUAACGCUCUGGGAUCAGUGGAGUCAGAUGAGCUCCUGGGAGAGGCCUCAUCAUUUGUAAAACCAAAUCCCCCAGAUGUUCAAGUUCUUGCUGAUGUUUUUUACUCGACUGUGAUGGUGGAAUGGACACAUCUUAUCCCAGAUUAUUCUAUGAAACUCCGUUAUGUCAUCAGAUACUGUCAAGCAGGCUCCAGUGUUUGGACUGAGGUGCCGGAGGACUUCACUGAGACGAGCAGCAAGUCCUUCAGACUGCAGGCCCUGCAGCCGUACACCCUGUACCAUGUUCAGAUGAGAUGCAUUGAAAUUAAUAAUCGCAGUUACUGGAGUGACUGGAGCAGAAACGCUACCAAUCGCACUGCCGAAGCCAAGCCUGCGAGCAAACCAGAUCUGUGGAGAAUCAUCCAGUCCACCGGCGACAGCAGAAACGUCACGUUAAUAUGGAAGGCACCCGUGAAAGCGAACGGAAUAAUAUUGAGAUAUGAUCUUAAUAUCACAAUGGAAAAUGAUAGCAGGUUUAAAGAAAAUGUUGACCACAAUCCACUCAGACCGUAUCAGACGUACUCGAUGGAGCUGUCGGCGAGAAAAACAGCCUCUGUUGAAAUAACUGCGGCCAGUUCAGCCGGAGUGUCGCCCAAAGCUACUCUCUUCAUUCCACUGUCAAAUCAAGAUCCAUCGGGUGUGGAGAGUUUGAGCUGGUCUCUGCGUGACGGCCAGCUGUGGGUGGAAUGGGUGCCGUCUGUGCCUAAACAUUUGCGGCUCUCUGAAUACGUGCUGGAGUGGGAGAAAAUCUCACCGGAUGACCAUCAGAGAGACAAACACUGGCAGAGAGCGAAAGCCAAUGUCACCAGCACAACACUGACCGGUCCUUUUGAGGCAUUUAAGCGAUACUACAUAUCCGUAUAUCCAAUUUACACCCUUCCUCACCAGAAAUACACUCAAGUAGGACAGCCAGUAACCACAGAAGCCUACACUCAACAAGGACCGCCACUAGAGGGCCCCGCUGCUAAAGUUUCAAAAUCCAAGAAAACCAGCGCUGAGGUGACAUGGAAUGAAAUUCCUUUGAACAGUCAGCAGGGAUUCAUCACCGGCUACACAAUCUUCUAUAAGACUGGAAACGUCGAGAAGUCUGUGACGCUGGACUCCGCCUUCCGCUCAUGGCGUUUGAUCAAUCUCACCAGUGAAAAGGAGUACAUGGUUCACAUCAUGGCAUCGACCGUAGCAGGCUCCAAAAACGGCACCAGUUUUAAUUUCAAAACGCAGAAGUAUGCUGAUGGAGAAGUGGAGGUGAUCGUGGUGGUGGUGUGUCUUGGUUUUCUGUUCAUCACCGUCUUCAUUUUAAUGCUCUGCCUGCGGAAGAGGGAAACGAUCAAGCAGCUCUUGUGGCCGCAGGUCCCAGACCCGUCAGUCAGCUCUAUUGCCCACUGGUCACCUGAUUUCCCGGUAAAGGCCGAUAUUCCAAAGAACGUUAGCGUGGUGGAAGUGGAUGUGUUCGACGGGAAAUCUUUGUCCGAGGAAGACAAAACCGUGCUGCCGCUGAAGAAGGACAAAUAUCUGUCUGAGGAACACAGCAGCGGUAUCGGGGGCUCGUCCUGCAUGUCGUCCCCCCGGCACAGCGUGUCUGACAGCGACGAGGGCGAUUCAGGCCAGACCACGGCCAGCACGGUGCAGUACUCAUCGGUGGUGGCGAGCGGCUACAAAGGCCAGACCCCCAACCAUCAGCUCCCCGCGUUCGCUCGAUCAGAGUCCACCCAACCGCUGUUGGACUGCGAGGAACAUCCAGAGCAUGUCCACGAUUCCAGAAACUCUUACUUCAAACGGGCUAAAGGAGUCGAGCUGGGCGGCCUCGUUCAGGAGGGGGAGGAGUCGAAUGAAAGCUCUCUCACCUUCUGUCCAAUGGAGGAGAUGUCUCCGAUUGUAGAGGACCCGCCAAACCCGUGUUACAUGCCACAGCAGAACGGCUAUCGACCUCAGUGAAGAAAACGUGACGUGUUCAAGAAGACCUCAAGCUAUCAGUGACGUUUAACAUUGGCGUGUUCAUUAUUAUUGAUGUGUUGAAGUGGCUGCGAUGAUAUUGCAUAUUCGCUGCAAGCUUACACUGGAUGCAAGCAGACCAGAGAUUUUCAAAUAUUUUAGUUCUAUUCAAAUUUAUGCUUUCGUUGUUGCAGUACUAACCUUUUUUAAAUUGGUCUCGCUUUUCUAAAAUAAUCCAGCUGAAGACGGUUCUUAAACAAAUACUGAAAGCUAAUGGGUCAAUGUUUCGCGACCAUUCUGAGGUGACGUGCAACUUUGACACUUCCGGCAUAAACGCGUUUCGAACGUAAUAAACGACUUGCGUCACUUGUUACACAUCAUGUAUCGAGUGGCUGACUGUACACAUGUGCUUCAUGGGUUCUGUUAUCAAAUACACAACUCUUCAAAAACUGCUCAACAAAUGAUCACUGUCGCAGCAUUAUAGGUCUUUCAUAUUACUUGUUUGAGAAACCAGCAAAAAGUGUUUUUUCUUUUAAGCUCUGUUGAAUGUUUAUAUGCUGGAGAUAGACUAAGUAUUCUUUUUAUAGGGAUUUUAUGUUUUUUAUAUGCAAAAGAAUGUCAUUUUGAUUCGCUCUAUUGCAAGUAGAGUUAACUUUGACGUGUUUCAAGCAGGAUGUAACUAACACUACACUGAAAUGCAGCAUUUUCAUUGCGUGCUGUUUCACAUGUAUCCGCUCUCAGUAUGAUUUGUGUUCACAUCACUGAUGUGUGUGUAUCAUACUAAUUAAACACUUCUCUAUACAAAUGA